UCCUCCACCAACACCCAUGUAUUUCAACAGUUCCCUCUCUGAUUUAUACCGUUAUCUCACGUCUUGAUCGAGGAGCGCUAUACAGACACAACGUAAACGGAAUCAGAAGAACCGGUGGAGAGCGCCUCAAUUUGCACUUCUGGUGAAACGCCGUAGGCGUUCCGCUGCGGAUAAGUAAGUCGACGCGUUGCCAUCACUGUCGAGUGAGAGCUUGGCUCUCCUGCCGAGGAGUCUCGCGGCCUUUGGACGGACGUGUAGGGUACUUGCUUACGGGGGCCUACGAGGCCCUUUGGCGCACUAGGUAUCGAGGCCGCUUGCCACGAGCGGAGGCGCCGAAGCGGGGGUAUAAGUGAGAUAGGACACGUCCAGCAGCAACAGAGAGCAGCCACUGCACUUGUCAUCCCACACCGUUCAAGCUCAUUUCAGGACCCCAGCACUUACAAUGAGUGCUCAGCAGAACGCCAUUACCUCCUCUGAGGCUCUUCCUUCCAAAGCCGGCAUCGUCGUCUUCCCAGGCUUCGAGCCCCUCGACGCUUUCGGGCCCAUCGAGGCGCUCUAUACGCUAUCCAACGACUUCAAGCUCGACCUCUACGUGAUCGCGGCUACGCUGGAUCCUGUCUACACCGGGCUCAAUGACCCACAGUUGAACAAGGCGGGCUCGCACUUCGGCGUGAACAUCGUCCCGACGCACACGCACGAGACCGUGCCAGACGACUUGGAAGUGCUGCUCGUCCCUGGAGGCGCUGGGGCAGCCGCGCCCACAGUCGCGCCCACCGUCGAGUUCAUCAAGAAGGUGUACCCGAAGCUCAGGUACCUGAUCACGGUCUGCAAUGGAGCUGCGGUCGCUGCGGCUGCGGGCGUACUCGACGGGAAGCGCGCUACGACGAACAAGUCGUAUUGGACGAUGUUAACUUCCUUAAGCCCAAACGUAAAAUGGGUACCUACGGCGCGGUACGUCGUGGAUGGAAAUUGUUGGACGUCCGGAGGCGUUAGCGCGGGGAUCGAUGUCACCCUGGGAUGGAUCUCGAAGUUAUAUGGCGAGGAGAGGGCGCGUACCGUGGCGAACAUCAUGGAGUACGAGUGGAGACAUGAUCCGAACUGGGACACCUUUGCAUACGUGUUCGGUGUGGCCUCUGCCUGACUUCGGCUGGGGGAUGCAAGCGGGGCCAUACGAUACAGACUGAGUUGCUAGCAGUUACAUCCGAGUCACUACGUUCUCAGGUCAAAUGCAGAAGCGCUUCCUACUCC